CUUGGCGUCUUCGCAAUUUCGUAGCGGUCGUGUUUAUUGAGAUUUUCCUGUUAAAAUGUCGGUUUGUAAAAGCAAGUGACUUUGGCUUGCGUAUUGCGUUUGGUUUGAGAAGCGCAGCUGGGCUGCGCGUCGAUCGCAGGCGAUUUAUAAGCACCACGGUCAAGAUGGCUGAUAUAAAGUCAAUGUUCAACAAGAUGAGCAGUGCCACUCAGAAUGGCACAGCGGAGCCCGCGGCACCUAAGGGCCAGAAAGCCACUAUUGAGAAAAUAUACCAGAAGAAAUCACAAUUAGAGCAUAUCUUGCUUCGUCCUGAUACCUACAUUGGGUCUGUGGAACGAUCCACGGAGACUAUGUGGGUGUUUGACAAGGCGAAAGAAUGCAUGACGCAGAGGGAAUUGACAUAUGUUCCAGGUCUAUACAAAAUAUACGACGAAAUCUUGGUGAACGCGGCGGACAAUAAACAGAGGGACCCCAAAAUGGACGUCAUUAGGAUCGAUAUUAACCAAGAGCAGAACACUAUCUCAGUAUACAACAACGGCUGUGGCAUCCCGGUCGUGAUGCACAAGGAGGAGAAGAUGUACGUGCCAACCAUGAUCUUCGGACAUCUCCUCACAUCCUCAAACUACAAUGAUGAAGAAGAAAAAGUCACCGGAGGCAGAAACGGUUAUGGUGCCAAACUAUGUAACAUAUUCUCAACAAAAUUCACAGUCGAAACUGCUUCGAAACAGUACAAGAAACACUUCAAACAAACUUGGGGUUCAAACAUGACGAAGGCUUCCGAGCCGAAAGUGAAGGAAUCUGGAAAAGAUGACGAUUUUACUAAGGUGACAUUUAGCCCUGAUUUGGCUAAGUUUAAGAUGGAGAAGUUGGAAGACGAUAUCGUAGCGUUGAUGUCGCGCCGUGCCUACGACGUGGCUGCCUCAUCGCAAGGCGUUAAAGUAUAUCUCAACGGUGAAAGACUAAAGAUAAACAAGUUCAAAGAUUAUGUAGAUUUAUACAUAAAAGGUAAAGAAGACGAAAAUGGACAACCAUUGAAGGUUGUUUAUGAGAAGGUGAAUGACAGGUGGGAGGUCGCACUCACGCUGUCAGACAGGGGCUUCCAGCAGGUUUCGUUCGUAAACUCCAUCGCCACGACGAAGGGAGGAAAGCAUGUCGAUUCAGUAACCGACAGCAUAGUAAAGAAUGUUCUAGAAAUUAUCAAGAAGAAGAACAAAGGCGGCGUGAAUAUAAAGCCGUUCCAAGUAAAGAAUCAUAUGUGGUUGUUUGUUAACUGUUUAAUCGUAAACCCGACCUUUGACUCGCAAACUAAAGAGAACAUGACUCUGCAAGCAAAGAGCUUUGGUUCAAAGUGUAAUUAUUCUGAGAAAUUCAUCACUGCAGUUAGUAAAUGUGGCUUGGUUGAGUCAGUACUGACGUGGGCGAAGUUUAAGGCUCAGACGGAGCUGGUGAAGGCGUCGGGCAAGAAGCAGAGUAAGCUGAAAGGUAUACCUAAGUUGGAAGAUGCUAAUGAAGCUGGUACGAAGAACGCUCAUCUCUGUACUUUGAUCCUCACUGAGGGAGACUCAGCCAAGACGUUGGCUGUGUCAGGACUUAGUGUGGUCGGUAGGGACCACUUCGGUGUCUUCCCGCUGAAGGGUAAGCCGCUUAACGUGCGCGACGCAUCACACAAACAAGUCCUCGAGAACGUUGAGAUCAACAACUUGAUCAAAAUCGUCGGCUUACAGUACAAGAAGAAAUAUAAUUCUGUAGAUGACUUGAAAUCGUUACGUUACGGCAAAGUAAUGAUAAUGGCCGAUCAAGAUCAGGACGGAUCACAUAUCAAGGGUCUGAUCAUCAACUUUAUACAUCACAAUUGGCCCGAGCUGCUAAAGCUUCCGUUCUUGGAAGAAUUCAUUACUCCCAUUGUGAAAGCCACAAAAAAAGAUAAAGAGUUAUCUUUCUACUCGUUGCCAGAGUUUGAGGAAUGGAGAAAAGAGACAGACAACCAUCACACAUACAAUAUAAAGUACUACAAAGGUUUGGGUACCUCCACAUCGAAGGAGGCUAAAGAAUAUUUCCAGAAUAUGGAUCGUCAUAGGAUCCGGUUCAAGUAUUCUGGACCUACAGAUGACCAUCAUAUUGAACUGGCGUUCUCCAAGAAAGGCGCGGAUCAGCGGAAGGAGUGGCUGACGAGUCACAUGGACGAAGUGAAGAGGCGGAAGGAGAUAGGUCUUCCGGAGAGAUAUUUGUACACGAAGGAGACUAAAGCAGUUACAUAUUCAGAUUUCGUCAAUUUGGAGUUGGUUCUCUUCUCAAACGGCGAUAAUGUGCGGUCGAUCCCAUCAAUGAUAGACGGAUUGAAACCAGGCCAACGUAAGGUGAUCUUCACGUGCAUCAAACGUAACGACAAACGAGAGGUCAAGGUGGCCCAGUUGGCUGGUUCUGUCGCCGAGCACUCUGCUUACCAUCACGGUGAGCAGUCCCUAGCGAUGACGAUAGUGAACCUGGCCCAGAACUACGUAGGAUCCAACAACAUCAACCUGCUGGAACCGCGAGGCCAGUUCGGUACGAGGCUGUGCGGCGGCAAGGACUCAGCCAGCCCUCGUUACAUCUUCACUCUCAUGUCGCCACUUACCAGGCUCAUCUUCCACCCGCAUGACGACCCGCUGCUCGUGCACGAGUUCGAGGAUAACCAGAAGAUCGAGCCGGUGUACUACCUGCCCAUCAUCCCCAUGGUGCUGGUCAACGGCGCUGAGGGCAUCGGCACCGGGUGGUCCACCAAGAUCCCCAAUUACAACCCCAGAGAUAUCGUCAAUAACAUACGACGCAUGUUAGACGGCGAGGAUCCGGUCCCAAUGCAUCCCUGGUACAAGAACUUCCGCGGCACUGUGGAGGGAUUCGGCGACAAGUACGUCAUUUCCGGCGAGGCGGCCAUCUUGCCCGGCGAGAAGAUCGAGAUCACCGAGCUUCCGGUCGGCACGUGGACGCAGAAUUAUAAAGAGAACGUUCUAGAACCUAUGCUUGGUACUGAUAAAGUAAAGCCGCUGAUAAGUGAAUAUAGGGAAUACAACACAGACACGACGGUUCGAUUCGUGGUGUCCCUGCUGCCGGGCAAGCUGGCCGAGGUGGAAGCCGAGGGGAUACACAAGGUGUUCAAACUGCAGACUACCAUAUCUAUGACCUGCAUGAACGCCUUCGACCAUAACAACUGCUUGAACAAAUACGACAAAGUAGAGGAAAUCCUGCGCACAUUCUACGAGCUGCGCGUGAAGUACUACGCGCGGCGCAAGGAGUACCUCGAGGGCCAGCUGCAGGCCGAGGCCGACAAGCUGUCCAACCAGGCGCGGUUCAUACUGGAGAAGUGUGACAAGGGGCUCGUCGUCGAGAACAAGAAGCGCAAAGCCAUGGUCGAGGAACUCAUCAAGAGAGGUUACGCGCCGGACCCUAUCGCGGAGUGGAAGAAACGCGCGUCCAAGAUGCAGGGGCUCACGGCCCUAGAAGAUGAACCUGAAGAGUCCGAGGAAGAACCAGAGCCUGAAGAGAAGGGCAAACCCGUUGACCCAGAGAAAGCGUUCCAGCAGCUGAAGGAAGUGAAGAAGUUCAACUACCUGCUGGGCAUGUCCAUGUGGAUGCUGACCAAAGAGAAGAAGGACGAGCUGCUCAAGCAGAGAGACGCCAAGCUGACUGAACUCACCGCAUUAAAGAAAAAGACCCCGUCGAACCUUUGGCGCGAGGAUCUGGACGCUCUGCUGGUGAAGUUGGAAGAAGUCGAGGAGAAGGAGCGACAGGACGAGAACAGCACCAACAAGAAGACUAGCAAGGCUUUGAUGGCGAAUAAAAAGAGCCGCAAGUCGUUGUUCGAGAUCGCGCCCGCGGACAACGGGCGGCGCGUCGAGCCCAAGAUAUCCGAGGACCUCAUCAAGAGGAUACAGGCCGCGGAGAAGGCCAAGAUCAAGAAGGAGACCAAGAAGGAAUAUGAUCCGGAUGAUCCGACAGGCAUCAGUCCAAGCAGUCAGGAGAAGAAGCCCAAAGCCCGUGUCAAGAAGGAGAAACCUGAGAAGGCUGACAAGCCCGAGAAGGACAAGGAUGGUAUGAAGCAGACCAAACUCUCCUUCAAGAAGGAGCCUAAAAAGAAGCGCAUGACGUUCAGCGGCAGCAGCUCGGGCGAGAUGUCGUGCUCGGACGGGGAGGUGGCCGCCGCGCCCGCGCCCAGGGAGCGGGCGCCUGCGCGCCGCGCCGCCGCCAAGGUGAAAAAGUACAAAGAUGGCGAGGAAUCCGACUCUGGUUCGGACGUGGAACUGCUGGACAAUAAGCUGGAGUCUGACGUGGAACAACCGCGGGUGCUGUCCGACAGUGAAGAUGAUGACUUCAACGUGAAGAAAAACGCUGGGAAGAAACCUGCUGAGAUGGACUCAGAUUGCCUCUUCGACUCGCUAAUAGAAGACACGAAGAGGGAAGAGUCCGCCAAGCCAACAAACAACCACAACUCUAACAACAUAUCUAGCGAGGAGGACACACCGCCGUCGCCUAAGAAAAAACCCGCGCCCAAGAAAAAACCGGCCGCCGAUAAAGAGGAGAAGAAGGAGAAGCCUAAGAAACGACCAGCUAAAGCGAUCAGCUUGGAUAGUGACGAGGAUGAUAGCAUAUUUGAUAGCAAAAAGGACAAAAAGAAGGCAAACCCCAAGAAGAAAGCGAAGAAGAAGGGCUCGAGCGAGGACGAGUCGGACGCUUCGUUCCGUGCCUCCCCGCCGCCGCCGCGCGCGCCCGCCCGCGCCAAGAACGCCAAGAAGUACAACUUCAGCGACGACUCCGACAGCGACUAGUUCUACGGGCCACUGGAGUAAAGAAUUGGGAGCCUAUAACAGUAGCAAGGAAGCGUAUAGAGGCGUAAUACUGUCGCAUGACGUACUAAUUGCAGUCGGGAGUUAUCUAUAUCAUUUUAUACGGACAUUUCCCAAGACUUCUAUUGAAAUUUAUUUUUAUACGCUCUCGUUUUGACUGAAACCCCGACAUAGUUCGAGCGAUCAGCGAGUGAAAUCUCUUAGUUUUAAUUAUGUAGGGUUCAUAGCCAAGUUUCUUUUACGUGAAAUUGACACUUCGAUUAAAAAUAUGUACUAGAAUUUAAUGGAAUUACUAUUAUUUAGACAUAAUAAUGAGCAGGUUUCCAGUUAGUUCCAUUAUUGUACAGAGAUGGCGUUCACAUCACUUUAGGAAAAGAAAGAAUGAAAGAAACGUGAAAGCUUAGUAUGGCAUGAUAAUUGACGUCCCCAUGUGAACUUAUGGGAAGUAUUCUGAUGUUAAACCAAUUUUAAAUUACUGUAGUAUUUUUAUCUUCUUAUUAAUAAAUAGCUUAAAUUAUAGACAAUGAUGCAAAUAUUAUGCUUUGUACUUCAAUAUCUGCAUAGCAUUCUUCGCGACUGUGUUUCUCAUUGCCCAGUUGUAAUUAAUUUAUAUUUCUUCCACAAAUACUGUAUAAGUGGUGGCUCAGUACUGUUCUGUUCAGGUCUUACUAGAGAGCUCAGAAGACUGUCGCAAAAUGAAUAUCUUCUUGGGAACUUCCAAAAGUGAUUUGAGCGCCAUCCCUUUCUUAUUGAAAGAACUAAAAUCACUACACCUACUGGAAUAGUUCUCAUUGUGUUUGAACAAACUUUGAAGUGGCUUUAGCGUUAAAAGAAACGGAACUAAACUCCUAUAUUUUUACAUAGGCACAAUUACUAUUUAAGUAAUAUUUAUAUGUGACUUAGUACCUAAUUGAUUAGAUUUAAUUAAUAUUAGCGUCUGGUACGUCAGCUCAAAUUCUACAAGUGAAAUUGGACAUUUUGAAAUUAUAUUCAAGAUUUUUUUUGAGACAUUUCUUAUGAGAAUUUGUAAAUAUAAAAUGAUUGGUAUUUUCUAAAACAUUUUCCUUUCAACUAUUGACAUCUAUUCUAUCAACAAUAUUCAAUACAGUAUUUUAAUUAUUAUUACAUUUUUAUGAUUUUUCCAUUUGUUUCAAAUUAAGGUAUUUUGCUACUUAUUACAAUUUAAGAUAUUUGUUAACGUAUUAUGUACUUUUAGUAUAAUCAGUGAUUUGUUAAUUCCUGUUUUCGUUUGCUCUCAUUCCAUUCAGUUUUAUGUGUAAUGAAAUGAUUUGUUCGUCAAGGGUUCUGCUGUAUCCAGCCGCACCGCAUCUCACUUUCUUAUGCUUCUAUCCUUUGCUGUCACUCAGAACCGUCAUUUGCUAGAGGGAGAUAAAUAGUGAGAGGGAGUGCGACCGCAUUCCGACUGCCUCGUCGAUGCCGCUCGCCGCGUGUCGUGGCAUCUUGCUCUAGCAAAUGACGGUUCUGAGUGACAGAAAAGGAUAGAAGCAGAAAAGUGCGUUCCAGUGUAGCCAGAUGUUCAACCCUAAAUGUGAAAAUUCUAUGAAAUGCUCGCGCUGUGCGACUAAAGUCUCUUUAUCUGUCUUUUAUAUUUCUACGUUUAAUUUCUCGAGUAUUUUGUUAAUUACUUUACGAUUUGUAAAUAAAAGGAUAGUUUUAAAAA